UAUAUAUAUACCAUUGUCUUCCCCAACCAUUCAACUCCUUCAAAGCUUCAAAAGAGAAAACCACAAGCAAAGAUCAGAGAGAGAGAGAGAGAGAGAGAGUGAUACAUACAUAUAUACAUAUAUAUAAGAAAUGGGCAACAGUCUAAGGUGCUGUUUGGCUUGUAUUCUUCCUUGUGGAGCUCUAGACUUGAUCCGAAUAGUACACCUGAACGGGCACGUAGAAGAGAUAACGCACCCAAUCACCGCCGGCGAGGUUCUCAAGAACAACCCUAAUCACGUUCUCAGUAAGCCCAGCUCCCAGGGCAUGGUUCGCCGGAUUCUCAUCCUCUCGCCGGAGUCCGAGCUCAAGAGAGGCAGCAUAUACUUCUUGAUUCCGGCGCCCUCCGUCCCGGAGAAGAAGCGGAGGAAGAAGAUCAGCUCUGAUACUAACAAGAACGCGUCCACCAAAACCGCGAAAUCUCGCGCAACUUCGACGGCGGCCGUCGUCGGCGAUCGUUCUGUUACGGCGGCGGAAAAGAAGUCGUCGUCUUCCCGCCGGGAUCGCCGGAGCUGUAAGGCCGCGGAAUGGAGGCCACACUUAGAAAGUAUUUUCGAAGAUUAAUGAAAAAAAGGAAAAUAUUAUAUAUUUUUUGUUUUUUAAUAAAUAUUUUUAUUUUUACCUUUUUA